UCGGCUGGGGCUGUCCGCAGACUCGGGCGGGCGGCCGUGUGUCGGCGAAGAUGAGGCUGCUGCUGCUGCUACUGGUGGUGGCGUCGGCGCUGGUCCGCAGCGAGGCCUCGGCCAACUUGGGCGGCGUGCCCGGCAAGAGGUUAAAGAUGCAGUACGCCACGGGCCCGCUGCUCAAGUUCCAGAUCUGUGUGUCCUGAGGGUAUAGGCGGGUGUUUGAAGAAUACAUGCGGGUUAUUAGCCAGCGGUAUCCAGACAUCCGCAUUGAAGGAGAAAAUUACCUCCCACAACCAAUUUAUAGACACAUAGCAUCUUUCCUGUCCAUCUUCAAGCUAGUAUUAAUAGGGUUAAUCAUUGUUGGCAAGGAUCCUUUUGGUUUCUUUGGCAUGCAAGCUCCUAGCAUCUGGCAGUGGGGACAAGAAAACAAGGUGUAUGCCUGUAUGAUGGUUUUCUUCCUGAGCAACAUGAUAGAGAACCAGUGCAUGUCAACAGGUGCAUUUGAGAUCACCUUAAAUGAUGUGCCCGUGUGGUCCAAGCUGGAAUCUGGUCAUCUUCCGUCCAUGCAACAACUUGUUCAAAUUCUUGACAAUGAAAUGAAGCUCCAUGUGCAUAUGGAUUCAAUCCCUCAUCACCGCUCAUAGCCCACUGUCAGCACUGACAACUCUGCUACAUUAAGGAUUUUGCAGGAGCAGCGUGGCUGACAUCAUGAAGGCCUGUACUGAAGACAGCGAGCUGUUGGUACAGACCGGAGGCUUCUUGGCAGGCUCGUUGACCUCUUGGAAAACCUCAAUGCAGGAUGGUUUUCAGUGCUGGCGCAUCUGGAUUGUGCACACUCAUUGAGUGCAAUAAUACUGUACAGUCCCACUCCCCAGUUCAUAGGCCUUCCUUUUGUACAUGUAGGUGUUACUACUUGUGACCAUUUUCUUAGUCAUGCUUGAGAAGGUAGAAAUGGAGUCACCACCAGAUCUUUUCCAGACAUCAUUUUCUGUGCUUUCAUGUGAUUCAGUUUGGGUUGAAAGCCUGUCAUCUUGGGAAGACAGCUGAACCCCAGUGCUUUGUAAGAAGUGACUGGGUGUCACUUGGCCAUGUUCAGUUAUACCAUUUUCAAAACCACAAAUUGUGAACAGUACAUAUACCAGAUAACGGGGCAGAAUCAGUAUCUAGUGUACUCCACCAGUGCGUGUGUACAAGUGUGUGUGCGCGUGUGACUACCAGAAACUACCACAACACCCACUGCGUUAAAAGCCCCUUUGUGUGGUUCAGGUGUCCUACCUUGACCAGUCUAAUGAGCCCCUUAACGGGCCUUCAUGCUAACCAAUAAACACUGAGCAGAUGCCGACUGCAUGAAAGGGUUGUUUAUUGCUCAAUGUACCUGUUAUAAUUAACAGUCAUCUGGCUAACUUCUGUUUUGACUUACAGAUGGUCUCAUAAGGGACACAUUUCAGGGUCACACACAGUAGUAGGUUCAUUUACCAGUUUGUGAAUAGUUGAAACUCACCUCACUAAAUAAAAAUUACGUUGAACCUCUUUACAAAAUUGAUAUUAAGCAAAUGGAGAUCACUUGCCCAGUAAUUUAAUUACCUAACAUAUCAGAACAUUACUAUGUUUGAAAAACAUUUUAAAGUUUUACAUACUGUUUUAGAGUUAUAAAAAGGUAGUUUAAAAAAAAAACAACUUAAAGCUGAUAAGACAGGAUGAUUUUGCAGAAAUAGGCCUGAAUGUGGAAUAAGUUCUGUAGCUGUGGUCACAUGGCUCCUCCUCAAUGGAGAAUAAGGUGGAAUUGCCUAAAGUAACUGGAUUUUUUAAUGGAAAUAAAAGGAUUUAAGGAAAUGUUA